UCAGUCGGUGAAGAGUAGCGAUGGAGUGGCAACGUGUGUUACUGGCGCUGCUUCUCGCGUUUGGAGUUGCGUCCGGUUCGCUGCUGCCGCGUACGACUGACGUGUCCGUGGCAGAAGCGCGCCGUCAGCUGCUGGACACUGUGUCCGACCUGCGGCGUCGAUCGGAAUCCGAGCCGAGCUUCUCAGUGCGCGAUGUGACCAAAGCCUUCCAGUCCGUGGACGACGAGUUGUCCCGCGUUGACGCUCAGCCGUUGCCGGACGCCGCGACGGGCGUCCAGCUCAUGUUGGACGGUCUCUGGCCGUGGGCGAGCGCCCUGUCCGAAGUGCGGACGACCGACGCGUGGUACCAGAAGGUGCGCGACGUGUUCCGCGGCGCCGGCGACGGCCUGGAAGACACGGCGGCCGCCGUGGCCGCUCCCAAGCAGUCCGACAAGGCAAUCGACGCGGCAAUGCUAAGGCUGCACGAGGUGGUCGUCCGGCCGGACGCAAAGGGACUCUUCAAGGGUGUGGCCGAGGCCGCGACCGAGGAGUCGGGAAGUAAAGUGUGUGCCCUGGAGCAGUCGCCGCAGCAACUUAUCUACAAUCUGUACAACCUGGUGGCACUCGCUGAGCUCAGAGGAUACGCGCUGAUGCAAUUCUCGUGGAUGAUUCUCAAGCAGUACGAAAAGGGAAAUUUCACGCGUGAGGCGGAGCUGCUGCAAGCCAAGACUGAACUGCGAUCGGCAGAAAAAGCCGCGGCGGCCAGCGAGGCCAUGAAAGAGGCCAGCCGAUUCGUGUGGCGCUGCGACCCCAAGCAGCACGUCGAAAACGAGACCUACGUCCAGCUGACCGAGCUGCUACAGGGUUAUGUGCAGAACGAAGUGGACCUCAAUCCCAAGGCCUCCUGCGGCGAAAACUGCGCUUACUACACCUACGCCAAGGUACACGGUUGCUACCACAACCAGUAUUGUAGCAAGCAACGAAAGUGCGCCGGACGCGUGUUCGACUGUCAGUUCGUCGACUCUGAUAGUUGGGUCUGCCCUUCCGAGCAGCCAAGUCGGCGUUACGACUAUAUCGAGUUUGAGAAUGGGCGUGUCCUGGGCCGGCCGGGACACUGCUCCCGCGGUACCACCAAGGUGGACAGCUGGUGGCGUUGGCUCUUUUGGCACUGCUCCUACUGCUUCUGCACUUGCGAUGAUGACGGACCCAACUCAGACAGAUACAUUAGUCUGCGUCCGUCCCUGGCUAACGUUUCCGCUGGCUACGCGGUUAUAGGAAUGCGUUUCGUCAAGCUGAAGAGAGUGGUGCACGUGCAGGUUCGUCAGGCGCGAGUGGGGCCCAGGGGCGUGGUGGAGGCGGCUUCUGCGGAGUGGCUGCCGCUGGAGGCAUUCGACGUGGCGGCGACGGCGCCGGGACGCGACUACCACAAAAUGGAUUACGAACAACGCUCCAUGGACCUCGACGACCUGACGGCGCCGCCGGGCUACGUGCUAACCGGAGUCAGGUUCAGGCGCAUCGGCACCCACCUCAACCCCGAGAUCCUCGCCACGCCCAUGGACAUGGCCGCCGGCACGCUCAACGCCGACGCCAGCCUUUGGAUCGGCAACGACAACACCGACGCCGCCGUCGACGAACCUCGCACCGGAGUCCCACUCACGCUGCCGGAUGUGCCCACCAGGUCUGUGGCAUUGUCCGAGCCGGACUCGAAGCACGAUCAGUUCGUAACUUUCACGCAUACGGAUGUUAGCAAGGACGCGGCGCAGACAACAGUACCGUUUCUGGACGCGCAGCCGGUGGCACCGGAGCCGCCGGUGCUGCUGUCCGGCGCCGGAAUUUACCACAAGGGCCGCAGAGGCUACGGCGGUUUUGUCGGCCUUCGGCUGAUCACCUACGACUUCAGUGAUCUCCUCGGCGCCAAUCGCACCGACGCUCCGCUCAACUGACUGCUACCAUUUUUCCAUAAUUUAACCGCGCGUAAUUAAUUGUAAAUAUAGAUUAAUAAAAUAUUUUGUAAGGAAAGACAAUAA